AGAGUGAUAGAGAGAGAGAGAGGGAGGGGGAGAGAGAGAGAGAGAGAGAGAGAGAGAGAGAGAGAGAGAGAGAGAGAAGUAAAGCUGAGAGAAAAGAGAGCGAAAAGCCACAAGGAGCAAAUCAGAAACGUGAUACAACCUCUGUGAAUCGGAACUGCAAAGCAAUCGAGAAAGGGAAAAGGGUUGAAAUAUGUCCGAUCAAAUGAAGAUGUAUCAGCGCACCUGUGACGUAACCACAAAAGGAACUAAAACACCGGCGAAGUUUGUCUCUCCAACAUGCUGCCUAUGAAGAUCUCGCCCAAGAGGAAAAUGAAUUCUUCAAAGAUUAUUACCUAUGCACAUUUCCCAGUGAUGGAACAUCUAGUGCGAAACAAUUUUUCCUUCUACGUGCACGAAGACCUCAGCAAUUUGGAGAAUAUUCUAUUAACCAUCCACGAGCCCUCCACAAUCGCCCUGACGGUAAUGUACAUUAUAUCUUUCAUUGUUGGCUUCGUUGGGAAUGUUAUGUCUAUCAAAGUACUGACCAGCAAAAGGAAUACCAGGAUAUCCGGGGUGAGUGCCACUCGCAGUUUGCUAAUAAACCUUGCCAUCUGUGAUCUGAUGGUGGUCUGCGUUUGCAUGCCCACAACUCUAGGUUAUCAAAUCUAUAAAGCCUGGAUUUAUGGCGACUUUAUGUGCAGAGCGGCACCUUUCACCCAGGCCGUGUCUGUCUCAGCCAGCGUCCUCAGCAUCACCGUUAUAAGUGUGAACAGGUACUAUAAUGUCCACAACCCAUUAAACGCUAGAUCAUUCUUCACCUGGAGAAAAAUAUUCUGGACCAUUUUCGUCGUGUGGCUGCUCUCAUCUGGUAUCUGCAUGCCUCUUAUAUUUAUGAACAAGUUAAAAGAGAUUGACCCCACUUUUGGGGUUCCAUUUUGCAGUGAAGUUUGGUCCCAAGUCAAGUUGAAACAAGCAUACAACUUUAUCCUCUUCUGCGCUCUUUAUGGUUUGCCUGUGCUAUUUAACCUAGUGAUUUGCUUUCUUACUUGGCGUAGACUAUGGAGCACAUCCAGUCACUUUAAAGAGUGUGAUACCAGGAACCAAGCCCUUCCAGCUUCAAGAUUGAAAAUCCGCAAAAAGAUUGCCAAGAUGGUGGUUGCUUUGGUGCUUCUGUUUGCCCUUUCAUGGUUACCCUUCUAUAUGGUAGAUAUAUGGAUAGAUUUCAACUCCGAAGAUGCUCCAAAGGAGAAUGAGACAUCUUCAGAGUGGAUCAUGAAUUUUCGACCAUUUGCUCAAUGGCUUGGUCUCACUAAUUCUUCCCUAAAUCCAAUUUGCUAUUGUUUUGUUGGGGACCUGUACAGAUCAGCCAAGGAAAUAAAGAGUAAAUAUAGAAGAACACUGAUUUCUCUCUUCAAUUAUUCUUUAUCUGAAAGCUCCACGAGGUCAUCCAUCCCUAAACUUCUUUCCUACAAAGAAUCUUGUCAGACAACAACAAAAGAAUUCAAAUUUAUUGAGACGAAGGAGGGGAAGUUUAAGGAUUGUUUUUCAGCCCGCGGCAUUUGUGAGACAUCAUUGAGCACAUGCAAGCCAGUUCCAAAACAUACUCUUGAAGCUGACAAAAAUGACAGAAAGAACAAUAAGUAGAUAUUCUAUGAUAUACUGUGGAAUUAACACCUUGUCACUAAUUAAUCCAGUGCUGUCACCUUUAUUUUAACAAUAUCUUGAAUCCGACCAAGUUGUAAAUAAUUGGCUUUGUUAGAUAGCCUCUGCAUAACCAUACAGAGUUACAUAAAGCCAAAGAUUGUGACAUAUGUAAAUUCAUCAUUCAUAUCUCGGAAUACCCAACAUCAUCCAUGAUUAACCAUAUUAGUCCUUACUUAUAUAUGUGCUUCUAUGUAUAUAUUUCCUCUUUCUGACCUGAUAGACCAGAUUUGCGUCAGGGCAAGAAGGCCAUUUUCUCCCAAAUAUGGCCAUCAUUCAAGCAUUACUCUGCACAGUUAUCAUCCAUAUGCCCAUGACCUUAAAAAAGCAUCAUAUAAAUUCUUAAUGCAUGGAAAUACACACUUCACAGCACAAAAUCAUACAUGACAAGUCAGAAAGUAAACAACUUUUUAAUCCUAUCCAUGAAAAUGGAAUUAAUUAUUGUUCCUGUGCUACUGUAUGAGGAGAGAUUAAGCAAUUCAGUGCACUAUUGACAAAUAAGAGAAAGUCUGCAGAUCCUGGAACAAUGUACUACAGUAUUGGACUCAGGAUUAUGUCUCUGUUUGGCCCAGUUCAUACUGACACCUCAGAUACUCAGUAAGUAUAAGAAAAGACUAGGAUUCAGUUAAAUUCACACAGCUUGACCACCACAGUGAUUCAUAUCAAUAAUGGAUAUAUUAACAACUUGCAAGUUUAUUAAAUUCUAUCUUUCUGAAGCAGGUGUUUUAUCUUGCAUUGAUUAUGC